AUGUCAUCCGCAGAGUUCCCUCCACCUCAACUCAGGUCCGCCGCCGAGGAGGUUGCAUCCCUUCUCAAGUCUCGAGGUGAAUCCAUCUGCGUGGCAGAAACUGCCGCGGGAGGGCUCAUCUCCGCCUCACUGCUUGCGACCCCUGGGGCUAGCAGGAUCUACAAGGGCGGAUUGACGCUGUAUACGUUGGAAUCCAGGAUUGCGUUCGCCGGUUGGACGCAACAGAACAUAGACAAUUAUGAUGGACCUACUCCGAAACUGGUGGAAGGACUUGCCAAGAGCGUAAGGGAAAAGCUGCAAGGGACUUAUUGCGUGGGUGAGGUACGUACUCCCUUUUUCCUCUCUACGCCGGUCGAUCUUGUGGGAGAGGGCGACGGCCCCAAGUCGGGAACAGCAGGGCCAACUGCUAGUGGCAAGACCCCAAACAGGCAGCCGGGCUACGUCGCAUUGGCAGUGGUGGACGAAAAGGGCGGUUCGAGCAAGGAUUUGGAUACGGGGCUGGGAAGUGAUAGGCAGGCCAAUAUGGUGGCAUUUGCAAUUGCCGCGCUUCAACUGGUCAAGGACUUCAUCGAAAGCAAUGGCGGUGACCGGGGUGGGAAAAUGUGA